GCUUUCUUCCAUAUCCUUCUCUCCUUCCUCCAUUGAAAAUGACUAACUUAUUGCAAGAUUCAUGCAAUAAAGUGACCAUUUUUUCCAAGUUUUCUGAUUCUCUUCCUGCAAAUGGAGGCAAUGGAAUUUACAGUUACUCUAACAACUCCUGUUAUCAGAGAUUAUUUGCAAAUGUUGAAAGAGAAAAAAUUGAUCAAGAAAUUAAAAAGAAGUUUGAGAUUGGAAAGCUCUCUUCUUCUUCCCCUUCAAACACAAUUGUUCUUGCUGACUUGGGUUGUGCGACCGGACCGAACACCUUUGGGACGAUGCAACAUAUCGUAAAAUCUAUGAAAGAAACAUUUCGAUCGGUCUGGCCUAAUUCGAUAUUGCCUGAAUUUCAAGUGUUCUUCAACGAUCAGGUGACAAACGACUUCAACACGCUAUUUCAGACGUUGCCCGUUGAGAGGGACUAUUUUGCAGCAGGCGUGGCGGGGUCCUUUCACCAGCGGCUGUUCCCGAGGGCGUCGGUGCAGUUUGUGCAUUCUUCGUAUGCAGUGCACUGGCUGUCAAGGGUGCCGGAGGAGGUACGAGAUGAGCGGUCGCCAGCAUGGAACAAGGGGCAUAUCCACUACCUCGGGGCGCCGGACACGGUGGCGGCGGCUUAUGCAGGACAGUUUGCCAAGGAUAUGGGAGAGUUUCUUAGGGCUAGGGCGGAGGAGAUGGUGGAAGGAGGGAUAAUGGUGAUUAUUACAUCAGGAAAUCCUGAUGGAAUUUCAGCUUCUCACUUACCAUCUGGUUUGCUCUAUAAUCUUUUGGCCUCUACCCUCAACGAAAUGUCAAAAGAGGGACUAGUGAGUGAAGCUGAAGUGGACUCCUUCAACUUGCCCAUAUACAUAACUUGUCCAUCAGAAAUGAGGCAAUUGAUAGAAGAAAAUGGGAAUUUUAGCAUUGAAAGAAUGGAGCUGACAGCCCCAACAACAUGGCUUCAAGGACCCAUUGACACUAGAGAAUGGAUCAACCAUAUAAGGGCUGCAAUGGAAGGCAUCUUCACCCAACAUUUUGGCCAUGACCUCAAUAUCAUUGACCAAUUAUUUGAAAGAGUCAUCCAAAAACUUGAAUAUCACUAUGAGGAAAUCAACUCUAACCUCCAUGAAAAAGUUCAACUCUUUGUCGUUUUGAAACGUUUAUAAAAAGAAAAAACGUCUUUUCCCCUCUCACGAGAUAGAAAUUUGAAUCUCUAAUCUCGUGUUUAAUAGGUUGGCAUCGUUUUGAUGAGUGUGAUUUUUGGUGAUCAUCCAUUUUAAUAAUGUGUGUGAUGUUUAAACCUCUAUCAUCUUGUUGACUAAUUAUAAGUUAUAAUAAUAGUUGUGUUUGUGU